GCCAUGAUUGUCUAGCGGCAACCAAACGUGUUUAACCAUGCUCAUUCACACAUUUCCUGCGAUCCACCAAGAUGAAAACGACUUUCCUUGGAUUUACCACAAUCCUCACAACCAUCCAACUGGCGACCGCGGCCGAAUGCACGCUGGACCAGUCGUCCCUGGUCUUGGAGGCGUCCAUGGCGGUGCCUUGGGCCAACUGCACCAACAAGGGAUACGAAACCGCGACAUCCAUGAUGUCCCUCUUGCCGUCCGACCCCGCCAAGUUUGCCGCGUUCUGUGCCAUUCCCACUUGUGUGGCCAACUUGAACUCGUGGCUUAUGUCGUUCCCCGAUUGCUCCGUUCAAGGCGUGAGUCAAAAGGACACCAUGUCCAAGUUGGCAGGGCUCGUCUGUGACAGCGGCAGCACCACAGGGGGUGCCUGCUCAGUGAGCCAAUUGAUGUCCGUGAGCCAAGUCUUGGUGGCCCCCGUGCCAGCCACGUGCGCAUCCGCCACCGGCAUCCCCGCCACGACCACCAUCAUGGGACUGCUCAAUCAGUCGACAACCAUCAUCUGCGACGCCCCGUGCAUCGCCGCCGUUAAAUCCACCGCCGCUGCGUUGCCGAACUGCACCACGGAUGGGAAAUCAGUCAACGAUGCUACGUUCUAUGUCAAGCUAUGUACUUCCAGCGCCUCGUCGUUUGGACUCACUAUGGUUUCGCUGGCCGUGGCGUUGAUUGGAGCGAUGGUAUAGAUGCAUCCGUGGUUUCAAAUGUCAACAUAAUACGAUAAUCUACAAACAAUCGGCACACUCAUGGGCGAUGUACUGUAAGUACGUUGAAAUCAAUUUUGUGCUUUUCACCCAAAUUUGGACGUGUGAGUCAUUGUUGCCCAAAUAAAUAGAAUCGAUUUGAACUCAUUUAAGCUUGUACAAAC